UCAGACCAGGUUACGACUGCAGACGAAACGCGGCCAAAUACAAAAAACAGUUUCUUGCAAAAGCCAGGAAAUCUCUUAUUUCAAUCGAAAUUAAAAAUAACAUGCAUCAAACAACAAGAUAACAUUUAAGGAUUUCGCUGAAAAGUAUCCCUUUCAUUUUUUUUCUCAAUCUUCCGCUAGAAGACUUUCCAGAUUUUGAUUUUAUCAACUUAGAAGAAAAACCAGAAGUUCUUCAUCUUCUACAUGGACCAAGUAUCUGAACUUGGGGAUGCACUUCCUUGUACCAACAAUAAUGUACCAAUAUUCCACGUUGAAGUGUGUCAGAAGCCAACAAGCACUGCUAGGAAUAAUAUAGUUUGUGAGAAAGUGCAGGCCUUGUUAAAAAGGCAUAAAACUGCUUAUGGAGAUUUGUAUAUAACAGAUUUUGAUGACAGUUUCCUGCGAGAACAUGUUCAGUCAGUCUUUUUGUGUGAUACAGAUUUAUCAAAUACAGAGAAAAAGGGAAUAGAUUUAACAGGGAACAAUAUACAGAUACAUACGUACCAGUUACAGGAUGAUGGACCUGGUACAGAGGAAUUGGAUGAUGAAGAUCUAGCUGCUGCUAACCAUUGGCUGUUACCUUCCACAGACUUUCAUGGGAUGUGGGACAGUUUAGUAUUUGAUGAUGAUAUUAAAGGAAAUUUGUUGAACUAUGCAGCAACUACCAUUUUAUUCUCUGACAGAAAAGUAGAUACAAAUGUGAUAUCCUGGAACAAAGUAAUACUGCUUCAUGGGCCUCCGGGAACUGGCAAGACCUCAUUGUGUAAGGCAUUAGCCCAAAAAUUAGUGAUCAGACUAUCUGAUAGGUUUAAAUAUGGACAGCUGAUAGAAAUUAACAGUCACAGUCUGUUUUCUAAAUGGUUCUCAGAGAGUGGUAAAUUGGUGAUGAAGAUGUUUAUGAAAAUUCAGGAGCUUAUUGAUGACCAGGAGUCUUUAGUUUGUGUUCUUAUUGAUGAGGUGGAAAGUUUGACUUCAGCCAGAAAAAGUGCUUUAUCAGGAAGUGAACCUUCAGAUGCUAUUAGAGUUGUAAAUGCUUUACUGACUCAAAUAGAUCAAAUAAAAAAACACAACAAUGUGAUGAUUUUAACAACUUCUAAUGUAACUGGAGCAAUAGAUCUUGCUUUUGUUGACCGUGCUGACAUUAAACAGUAUAUUGGACCUCCUUCACCGGGAGCCAUUUAUAAAAUCUAUCUGUCAUGUAUAUGUGAAUUGAUGAAGGCCAAAAUAAUCAGUCCUGCUCAACAAAUGUUUGACUUGAGACAAUUAGAAGUAAUGAGGUUCAUGCAGAAUGAUGCAACAAGACUUAGUUUACAGCUAAGGGACAUUUCUAUAAAAAGUCACAGUUUAAGUGGAAGAACACUGAGAAAACUACCAUUUAUUGCCCAUGCAAUGUUUGUACAAUGUUCUUCUGUUUCAUUAGAAGAUUUUCUGAAAGCAUUAGACAAGGCAGUUGAAAGACAGUUUCAAGAAAGAGCUGACUUAACAAGAGAUUAGCAGAAAAUAUUUAUUGUAGACACCUAUACAUUUUAUAGUUAUCAUACUAAAAACAAAAUUUGCAUAUCAUUGAUAUGAAAUGUUAUAUAGAUAUUUGCUUAAUCACAAGAACUUUUAAAUAUUAUUUUGUUUCAACUGCAAAAAGCGUUCAAACCAAAUUUCACAGAGUUUUUCUAGGUUCAGUACUUCACAUCAGGAAAACUAUAAGUAUUGUAAAUGUUUGUAUAUUUGUCAGUUUUUACAUAAAGAAUUUGGAAAAGAAUUAUACAAAUCAAAGUGAAAUCUUAACAAAAAUUUUAUCAAAUUCAGCAGUUCAGAUUUGUUCUAAGAAUAAAGUAAAUGUGACUGCAAAGUUGUUAAACUUUUAAUAAUGUUGUUUCAUUCAGUUCAACAUCAACUUAUGUUGUUAAAGUUUAAGUGUUAUUAAUUUUCGAUAAUUCAGUUGUUGAAUUUUUAUCUACUUGCAACUUUGUUGGAGAUGAGGAUAGAAUUAUUGUUAGAAGAGAGCUGUCAGAGAAAGAAUGAAAAUUGACAUUACCAAAUGUGAUAUUCUCUUUGAUUAUUCCUUGUCAGGAGUAAAUUGUAGAUGAAAUGAAAUACUAAAAUAAUAAAUAUUUAUUAUGUUA